AUGCCUGCCCGUCGAGCCCUUAUCUCAGUCACUUCGGCUAGCGCCCCUUUGUUCAGCGGCAAGGAGACAACCGGCCUCUUCAUCAGCGAAGCCCUUCACCCUUACAAAGUACUCGUGGCAGCUGGCUUUGAAGUGGACUUGUCUUCCGAGACUGGUAGCUACACACCUGACUGGCUUUCCCAGCAACCCGACUUUCUCAAUGGUGAAGACCUAGAGACCUGGACCAACACCAACAGUGACUUCCGAAAGAAGCUCGACAAUAUGAUCAAGGCUAGUGAUCUGGAUGCCUCGAAGUAUGGCCUAUUUUAUGCCUCCGCUGGCCAUGCCGCUUUAAUUGAUUACCCUACCGCCACUGGACUGCAGCACAUCGCCGAGCAAGUAUGGGCUAACGGUGGUGUUGUCGCUUCUGUUUGCCAUGGACCUGCAAUCUUCGCCAAUAUCAAGGACCUUGCUACCGGAGAGCCGAUAAUCAAGGGAAGAAAACUCACUGGGUUUACAACUGAGGCUGAAAAUACCAUGGGCAUAAUGGGUGAACUGCGGGCAUUGCACACCGAGAUGGUGGAGGAGCUUUCUCAACGGUUGGGCGCGACUUACGAACGCUCAAGCGGUAUUUGGGAUGACUUCCACAUCGUCGAUGGACGAUUGGUCACCGGUCAAAACCCUGCCAGUGCUGCCUCCACCGCUGAAGCAGCUGUGGAAGUUUUUGACAAGCUUUGA